UUCCCCAAAUUCCGAGAGACUGAACAGCAUUUUGAUAUAGCGGAACAUACAAUUGCGGGGACACGUUUUCAGGUUCAAGGCGCACAGGAUCCAGAUUUGGGAAGUAAUUCUGUUCGCUUUUAUAAACUUAACCAGAAUGAUCAAUUUGACAUUGAGACCAGGGAGAGACAUGAAGAAAAAAUACCCUUCAUUGUUCUGAAGAAAGCCCUUGACAGGGAGACGCAAAGUACACACAGGCUUGUGCUGACAGCGAUAGAUGGGGGAAAUCCUCCGAAAUCAGGGACCCUUAAUAUUACUGUUACAGUCCUGGACUCAAAUGACAACCGCCCUGUAUUCAGUCAGGAGACGUAUGCUGUUGAUCUAAAAGAAAAUGUUCCUGUCGGAACAACAGUAAUUAAAAUAAAAGCAACAGAUUUGGAUGAGGGCUCAAAUGGGGAAAUCGAGUUUGCACUCGGUAGAAAUUUAAAUCCUAGGGUAUAUGAAGUGUUUCAGCUAGAUAGCAUAACAGGUGAAAUACGAGUUAAAGGCAAAGUGGACUAUGAGAAUACUCAGAUAUAUAAAUUGGACGUGGAGGCAUCCGAUAAAGGACAGCCACCUUUAACAGUGGAAUCCGGUCUCAUUAUCAAGAUUAUUGACGUAAAUGACAAUACCCCAGAUAUUGACGUGACCUCAGUUUCUAAUAUCGUGUCUGAGGAUUCCAAACCCGGGACAUUUAUCUCCCUCAUAAGUGUAACAGAUAAAGACUCAGGCGACAACGGGAAAGUGAUGUGUUCUCUACCGGACAAUGUACCAUUUGAACUGAAGCCAUCAUUUAAAAAUAACAUGUACUCUUUGGUGACCAAAGGACAGUUGGAUAGAGAAGUGACUUCACAUUAUGAAUUAAUAAUAACAGCAACCGAUUUUGGUCAACCUCCCUUGUCUUCAUUAAAACUUUGAAAAUAGAAAUAUCAGAUGUUAAUGAUAACGGUCCACGAUUUCCACAGAAUCCUAUAGAGCUUUACCU